GACUCACUUUACAUCAGGGGUCAGCAGAUGCAGGCCAAAUCCGGUCCAUCCCCUGCUUUUGCAAAUACAGUUGUAUUGGAACACAGCUAGGCUUGUUGAUUUAUGGAUUGCCAAGGUCCUUUUGUGAAACAGAUAGCUGAGCUGAGUAAUCGUGGCCCACAGAACCUAAAAUAUUUACUCUCUCGUCCUUUACAGAAUGUUUGCCAAUUUAUGGUCUGGAGUCCAAGGCUGUCCAUCCUUCAAAGAACACAAAGUGACAUGAGACUGUCCCAUGUGCAGGGAACCCUUUCAUUUUAUUAUGAAAAAAAGGGCCUUUCUGCUCAAAUCUGUUUUUUAAAAAGUCAGCGAACAGACUCCAGGUACCUGUCAGGCACAGUAGGGAGUUUGGUUUCCAUUGUGCUCUUCUUCCCAGGAACUCAAUGAAGGGGAAAUAGAAAUCUCAAUUUUGGGGAAAUUGCACAGGGGAAAAAGGGGAGGGAAUCAGUUACAACACUCCAUUGCGACACUUAGCGGGGUUGAAAGUGACAACAGCAAGGGUUUCUCUUUUUGGAAAUGUGAGGAGGGUAUUUCCGCUUCUCAGAGUGGGGCAGGGUGGCAGAUGCCUAGCUUGGGUGAGUGACUAUUUCUUUAUAAACCGCAACUCUGGGCCCGCAAUGGCAGUCCACUCUCUUGCUGCAGUCACAGAAUGGAAAUCUGCAGGGGCCUCGGCAGUCACCUAAUCUGUCUCCUCCUCUUCCUGUUCCAUUCAGAGACGGUCGGCCGGCCCUCUGGGAGAAAACCCAGCAAGAUGCAAGCCUUCAGAAUCUGGGAUGUUAACCAGAAGACCUUCUACCUGAGGAACAACCAGCUAGUGGCUGGAUACUUGCAAGGACCAAAUGUCAAUUUAGAAGAAAAGAUAGAUGUGGUACCUAUUGAGCCCCAUGCUCUGUUCUUGGGAAUCCAUGGAGGGAAGAUGUGCCUGUCCUGUGUCAAGUCUGGUGAUGAGACCAGACUCCAGCUGGAGGCAGUUAACAUCACUGACCUGAGCAAGAACAGAAAACAGGACAAGCGCUUUGCCUUCGUCCGCUCAGACAGCGGCCCCACCACCAGUUUCGAGUCUGCCGCCUGCCCGGGCUGGUUCCUCUGCACAGCAAUGGAAGCAGACCAGCCCGUCAGUCUCACCAAUAUGCCUGACAAGGGUGUCAUGGUCACCAAAUUCUACUUCCAGGAGGAUGAGUAGUACUGCCCAGGCCUGCCUGUUCCCAUUCUGGCAUGGCAAGGACCGCAGGGACUGCCAGUCCCCCUGCCCCAGGGCUCCCGACUAUGGGGGCACUGAGGACAAGCCAUUGAGGUGUGGAUCCUCAGAAGGAGUCACAAGAACCUGGUCACAGGACUCUGCCUCCUCUUCAACUGACCAGCCUCCAUGCUGCCUCCAGAAUGGUCUUUCUAACAUGUGAAUCAGAGCACAGCAGCCCCUGCGCAAAGCCCUUCCGUGUCGCCUCUGCAUUCGGGAUCAAACCCCGACCACCUGCCCAGCCUGCUCUCCUCUCCCCACUGCCUCCUCCGCCCUCAUUCCACAUUCCCAUGCCCCAGAUACAUCAGGCCCUUUGAUGACCCCCCACCAAGUGGCUCCCACAUCCUGUUUUACAAACAAAUGCCAGUCCCUGAGGAAGGUUUUUAAGAGUUUGUGGAGAAUGAAAAUUAAGGAUUUCCUGAUUUUUUUUUUUUUAGUCCACGUGAAGGAGAGCACUUCAUUUGGAGUUAUGUUCUUUUGGGAGAGGCUGGGGGCUGAAAAUAUUCCUGCAUUUGUGAAAUGAUGGUGAAAGUAAAUGGUAGCUUUCCCAUUUUGUUUCUUCUUUUUCGUGAUGUCCCAAUUUGUAAAAAUUAAAAGUUAUGGUACUAUGUUGGCCCCAUAAUUUUUUCUUUCCUUUUAAAACACUUCCGUAAUCUGGACUCCUCUGUCCAGGCACUGUUGCCCAGGCUCCGAGCUCCAUCUCCACUCCAGAUUUUUUACAGCUGCCUGCAGUACUUUACCUCCUAUCAGAAGUUUCUCAGCUCCUAAGGCUCCGAGCAAAUGUGGCUCCUGGGGGUUCCUUCCUCCUCUGCUGAAGGAAUGAAUUGCUCCUUGACAUUGUAGAGUUUCUGGCACUUGGAGACGUGUAUGAAAGAUGACUGUGCCUCUGCCUGUCUCCCCCACCAGGCUGGGAACUCUGCAGAGCAGCAAAAAAGACUCGUAUAUGCAGGGCUGAGCACCUAGCCUGGCUCGGCAGGUACUCAGCGAAUGAGUGCUGUAUAUGUUGGCUGCAAAGAUCCCUACUUCCUGUCACUUCAGCUCUGUUUUACAAUAAAAUAUUGAAAAUGCCUA